AUGCCGACCAAGUACUACUCGCGUCUACAUGCCCAGGAUGGAAACGCCGCUGCCGACUCAGCUUGCGUUAGCGUUCUACGCGCAGCCGGCGCCAUCAUUUUCGGCAAGACGGCGACAACAGAGUUUGCGUCCAUGACAGAAGGCAGUCCAUGCGCCAACCCACAUAACGGCAGGCAUACACCUGGCGGUUCCUCGUCAGGCUCGGCGGCUGCCGUGGCAGAUUUCCAGGUGCCGUUGUCAAUUGGCACUCAAACGGGGGGGAGCAUCGUUCGUCCAGGGUCCUUCAACGGCGUUUAUGCUUUCAAAGCGACUUGGGGUACCGUUUCGACUGAAGGAACCAGCAUAGUCUCACCAUCUGCCGAUACACCAGGGUUCUACGCCCGAAGCGUUGACGAUCUUGAGUCUCUAGCACAUUUGUUCCGCUUGGACUCACGACUCACUGAACCCCUGCACCCACUCUCCAUCAUCGGUGCGAGGAUUGCAUUCAUCAAGACUCACAUUUGGCCGGAGGCUCUAUCUGGUACCCAGACAGCAUGGAAGCUAGCCCACAGAUUGCUGGCGGAGAGCGGAGCCAAGAUUGAGCAUGUCGAACUGCCUGAGCGGUUUGGGAAUUGCCCCGGGUGGAGAGAAACCGUUGUUGCUGAGGAGGCAAGGGCCGCAUUUUUGCCAAAAUACCUUGAAGACAAGACCAAAUUACACGCCGAUAUUGUCGCCCUCGUCGAGUCCACCAGUGUACCCAGUCAAAAGAAACUUCUCGAGGCUCAUGACGGCAUCGCUCGCCUACGCAAAGAAUGGGACCAAAUUGCCAGCCAGUACGACAUAAUCAUCACACCCAGCGCAAUCGACGAGGCGCCAGAGGGUCUUGAGAACACGGGUACCGCGGCAUGUCUCCUUCCAGCUGCCCUCUGUAUACAGACGCUGAGCUAA